AUGGCCACCUCGACUCCCCCAGCCCCAGCAGCAGCAGCAGCCGCGAAAUGCGAAUGGCUAGUAAUAAUCCCCGACCAGCCCGGAAAAUUAGCAAAGAGAGUUGAAAUCCGCCCAAAACACUUCCAAGGCCUAACACCAAAAAUCGAAUCCGGAUUCUGGAAAAUGGGCGGUUUGUUUCCCCCCCCCCCCCCCCCCCUCUCAAUUCUUUUCUCCUUCUCAUGCAAAACCACAGGC